CAGAGUUUGAGCCGCCAUCAUUUACACCUUGUGUUUGGUGUCGUCUUCAGGAUUAAUAAAUCCUAAUUCCACCAUCAUCCUUUCCUCAGUGACUGACAGCUGAGGGGCGGAGCUAGCAGACGGCGGCCAUGUCAGUUCUGUUCUGGAUCUGGAUCCUGAUGAUGGAGAGCCACGCCUUAGAGGUCAUCAAGGCUCACAGCGGGGGGGCGGUGCUGCUGACCUCUGACCUCCAGCUGCAGCUGAAGCAGGACGUGCGCUGGACUCACCCCGACCUGCUGGUCUCUCUGAAGAACAACGUGACGGCCUGCCAUCACGGCCGCUGCCAGCUGCUCCGAGACGGCUCGCUGCGCUUCAGACGGGUCCAGCCCGGAGACUCAGGGAACUACAGCCUGCAGGUGUACGAGGAGGACGGGACGCGGGUGCUGAGGAGGGACUUCCUGCUGCUGGUGGAGAGCAGCCAAUCAGCAGAUCUCAGCAGCAGGAGUGUAUUGGUGACGGUGUUUAUCCUCCUCUUCCUCCUCUUUCUCGUCCUCUGCAUCAUCAUCAUCUUGUUCGUCCUCAACAGGAAGAGGAAGCAGCGGAUCAGACUCUCAGGUCCGCUGGAGGACAACCUGUAUGUGGAGAUGCACAGUCACCGUGGCAACAAGAGGGAGGAGGACGAAUGUCACUAUGUUCCCUGUAAUCCUGCUGUUUCCGUGGAAACACCAAUACCAGCGCAGAGUUCAGAGGAGAACGUGUACAUGUGAUGGUCAAUCAGAGCUCUCCUCACCUGCAUGUUUCUCUGUUUACAUCUUAAUCAAUAAAGUGAGGUUGUUUGCAGACGUUAGAGAUGUUCCUCUUUUAUUUUAACAAUACAAGAAAUUAACCAAAAAUAAUAUAAUAUAAGAUGAUAAAAUAUUAGAGUAAUGAAAGAUAAGAAUAUAUAUAAUAAUGUGAAAAUGUAAACUCCUGAUAAUAUAAUUUCCCCUUUUUAUAAAUACAACUUUAAUUAUAAUAAUCAAAUGUAUUUGUGUAAACAUUUUCAUCUUCCCCAAAAGAAAACAAAGGUUUAAUAACAUAUUUUGGUGAUGCUAACAUAUGCUAAUUGAUGCUAACAAGCGCUUAAAGAUCUAGACAGAUGCUAAUAAAGUAUAUGCUAACAUAUGCUAAAAAAAAAUAUAUAUACUAAAUGCUAACAGAUGCAGACA